GGAAGACAUGACGGCGCUCCUCUGUGCAUCGUGCGAAUCGGUCGUGGCUCUGCUCUUAGAUGCAGGAGCCGAUCCAAAUGCCGCGGACCUGAACGGGCGGACGCCAAUCAGCUAUGCUGCCGAGAGAGGUGAUGAGUCGUCGGUGUUGCUGUUGUUGGAGAGGGGUGCGAUGAUCGAGGAAGGCCAGGAGUCGUCGCCGCUGAUGGAAGCCAUCAGCCAGCAUAGCACGGCGUUUGUCCAACUGCUCCUUGAAAAGGGCGCGGACCCGUACUCGGAUGAGUAUAGCUGCUGCGAGUAUCCUCCCCUACGACAUGCGGCAGAUCAUGGCCAAAUGGAAUUCGUGCGGCUGCUCUUGGAGAAAGAUGCAGUGUCCGCCCGAAACCAAGAAGGAUCAUAUACUCCGAGCUAUCGAUUCAGCCUGUGAGGCGGGCCAUAACUAUAUGGUCGAAUUGCUGACGAGGCAGUAUCCCUUUGGGUGCACUGACGAUGAGGAUUUGAUUCGAGAGCUCCAAGGGGUCGCGGACGAGGUUGCGGAGCGAU